AUGGAGGCCGUCCCUCUGGUCAGAUCCAGCCUCUUGGGGAUUCUGCUGCUGGUGGUGAAGCUCUCAGUGCUGCUGGUCCAGAACCGGGUCCACCUCUACAAUCUGCUGCUCCUCAAGAUUCUCCUCUUCAACCACUGGCUGUCGGGGCUGGCUCAGGAGGCUUGUGGGUCCCGCGGCCGCCAGGCCCAUCCAGCCCCCGGGCUUGCCGCCAGCCCCCUGGGCCGGGCGCUGCGGGCGGGACGGGGACUGCUAGGCGUCCCCGUGUGGCUGGGGCUGCGGGCGCCCCGGCUGGUGUGGGUGGGCGUGCGGCGCUGGGCCCCGGCCUUGGGCCUGUCUGCGGCCACCGGCACGGAGCUGCUUCUGUCCUGCCUGCACAGCCUGAUGCUGGCGGGCUUGCUGCUGUUGCUGCUGACCUGGAGGCUGUGCCGGAGGGCCCGUCGCUGCAGCCUGGCUGGGCUGCUCAGCAAGGCGCUGCUGGACAACCGUGUGGUGCCGGAGCUCCGGGCCCUGCUGAGGCGUCUGUACUGGUGGGUGGAGACCACAACAGCGCUCACCUGGCACCUGGCCUAUCUCAUCACCUGGACCACUUGCCUUGCCUCCCACCUGCUGCAAGCCGCCUUUGAGCACACAGCCCAGCUGGCCCAGGCCCAGGAAGUUGAGCCCCUGCAGGGCUCAGGACCCUCGUCCACGUCCCCGCUCCCCAAGCCCCCGGGCCCCAAGGCUGGGCCAGCCCUGCCGGAGCACGGGACCCCUGCAGAAUAAGUGUGUCCCCAUUUGCCUUUCUGGAUCUGGUGUGGCCUGGGG